UCGUGGCCCGCCGCCCACGGCCAUGGGCCGCCCGCAACGCGACGCCGCCGCCACCCCCGCCCGCGCCUGCGUUGUCCCGGCCCCGUCCCGGCCCUUCCUAGCAUGCCUCGCGCUCGCGGUAGGCGGGAAUGCCGCCCCUGGGCUGGGCUGGGCUGCGCCCAGGGAGGCGGUGCGGCUGCCAUGGCGGGAGGCCGCGGCCGGGCGGCCGGUCCGACUGGUGCCCGCUGCCCCGUCAGUGCCAGCGCUCGCUGCCUGGCGCUCAGCUCCGGGCAGGACGGAUCCUGCUGGCAUCGCCCGCGCUGCUUCCCCGCCCCUCCCGGGAGCGGCGGCCUGGGCAGGGCUGAGGUCCGCAGUCCGUGUGCUGCACAGACUAGCGAUGGGCUCAGUGAACGCAGAGAAUAGGAGGAGCAUCAGCAGCAUUACAGACUGCAGCAAACCCAUCUCAUGCAAAAGACAGCAGAGCAAAGAGAAGAGAAAGAGGAUUGAGAGAAGACUGUGCUGCUUGAGGAAGAAAAGAUAUAAACCGACAAUCAAAUACAUCUGGAGUUACACAAGCAGCAUGUCUCGGUCACCAGGAAGAAAGCAGGAGAACCACAAAAUAAGCAGAGAACUUUUUGUACUCACAUAUGGGGCUUUGGUAGCCCAGCUGUGCAAGGAGUAUGAAAAAGAUGAAGAUGUCAAUGCCUGUUUAGAUAGUAUGGGAUACAGCAUUGGCAUAAGGCUGAUUGAUGACUUUUUGGCUCGUUCAGCUGUGAAAAAGUGCCGUAGUUACUCUGAAACGGCAGACAUGAUUGCACAGGUUGCUUUCAAGAUGUACCUCGGGGUCACCCCUAGUGUGAGCUGCAAUAGUGCCACAGGGAAUGAAUUCUCCUUAAUCCUGGACAAAAACCCACUGGUGGACUUUGUGGAGGAGCUGCCAGCGGAACGAGCGUCACUUUGCUAUUGUAACCUCCUCUGUGGGGUGAUUCGAGGUGCCUUGGAAAUGGUUCACUUAGCAGCAGAAGUUUCCUUCCUCCAGGACAGGCUGAAGGGCGAUGCUGUGACAGAAAUAGGAAUUACAUUUUUAAGGAAGCCUGAAGACAGAAAGCACAGAAGGAACAAAUGAAAGAAAUGUUGGGAGAAACCCUUGCUGGGGGAUAUUUUGUGCCUUUUGUUUCAGAAGAAGACAGGGUAAAAACGGCUUUGCUGAGUCAGCUGCACCAGUCACCUCAUUUAAAGGUGAAGAGAGCUGGGCAGCAAAAAGGAGGGGCAGGGCAGGGGAGAGCAAUGUUAAUUGUUGUGACACAGAUAUCAGUAAAAAAGAUUGAAAUUAUCUGCCCUUCCUUCUCACAUACCCAGGCUCUUGAGCUUAAUGGAAGUUUUAUCUCAGUAUUUAGUGUGUGCUAAAUGUUCAUCUGUAUACCAACUGUUUUCAGGUAAAGCUGAUGACCUUUUCCCAUUUUGUCAUAAUAUUUCAAAGCAUGGCUGCUAGAGGUGCUUUAUUUCCCUUGCUGUGUGUGGUUAUCCAUAAAGGAUUCCUCUGCUGUGAUUGCUGUAUGCAGUGUUCGCUCACAGGUGCAUGUUUCGAUGUAUAAUGCUUUGCCAUUCAUUGUCCUCCACACUGGACAUCCUGCUGUCUUUGAAACCAGGGAGGGGUGGGUCUUCACUGCCACUGCUGGUAUUCUUUCCAGCUCUUCAGACCCCACAUGCACUUUUGCUGGCACUCCUGCUCAGUCCUGUGCACACACCAGGCUGCAGCACUCUGACAACUGCAGCAGUGCUUGUGUCUCACCAAGCUAUGGGGCCUUUUCAUGUCAGCCUUCUCUCCAAGAGCACCGAUCUUGUGACCAAACUGAACAAAGCAUGAUGUAUUUAAUGUGCAGCCAUUGUGGAUCUGUGCCUGUCUAAGGAAACUUGAAUUAAAAUUCUGAGAUUGCCACACAACUGGUUUGGUGGUCGUGUUUUCUGCUCUUACCUGGCCUUCACCACCAACUGUUGAACGUCUUCCUCUUGGCAGUGGACUUGUUACCACAGCAUGACUGGGAAGUAGAGAAGGAGCAGCCUCAGAGAAACCCAAGUUAUAGGAAAGGUUUAAAGUUGCUUGGUGUAAUGCACGAUGUCUGGAUAAGGGUUGGACAGAACCCCAGGUCCUGUAGCACAGCACCCUACCCACAAAGCCAGCUUACCCUCUUUUCACCAAAAUGCUUGUUUUAAACUGGAACACUAACAACUAAGCUCAAUACAGUUAACUCUGAUUUUAUCUCUGUGUUUUGUACCUUCUUCUCCUAUUUUUCCCCUCAGUCUGUUUACAUCUUCAUCAUGCUAAGUGGGGGCAUUUCUUACCUUGGGUUCAUUCUCACCAGACCUAUACAGUCCUCAUGAUUAUCUCUCUCCCUUUGUUUGUUUUAAUGGCGUGGUACAGUGGUGGCAUAGCAGAAUGGACUUGGUCUCAGCCCAACUGCUGUUGCCUGCUACCUGUAAGAAGUGGCAACAUGUAUGUGUAACAAUAUGUUAUAACCAGUAAAAAGUUUCCCUGCCUUUUUUUUUAAUUACUGUUUUUUUAAUUAGAGCUGAAAUGUGUUGUGGAAUUUGUCUGAUUUCACUGCCUGUACAAGAGCCCUCAGUGGGGUUUUUGCUGGUUGAGAUGUACAUGUGGAUGACCGCAAUAAGGGCUGUUAAUUGGCAAUGGCCAUUUUUACUUUUUCCAGCAACACUAACCAGAUACUCUCUUUUUAAAAAUUAUUAUUAUCUUGAAAGUGAAUAACCUGUACUGUCCUUGUUUUCUUACAGAAUUGCAGAGCUGUUAGGGUUGGAAGGACCCCUGAAGGUCAUCUGGUCCAACCCCACUGACAAGGCAGGGUCACCUAGAGCAGGUGACACAGGAACACAUCUAGGUGGGUCUGGAUUGUCUCCAGAGAGGGAGACUCCACGACCUCCUUGGGCAGCCUGCGCCAGUGCUCUGCCACCCUUAAUAUAAAGUCCUUCUCAUGUUGAGGUGAAACUUCUUAUGCUUUAGAUUGUGGCCACUGCUCCUCCUCCUGUUGCUGGGCACCACUGAAAAGAGUCUGGCACCCUCCUCUUGCCACCUACCUGUGAGAGGUGUUAAUGAGAUCCUCUCUCAAUCCUCUCUUCUCUGGACUAAACGGGCCCAGCUCCUGCAGUCUCCUCUCAUAAGAGAGAUGCUCCACACACAAAUCAUCUUCAUGGCCCUUCUGCUGAGCCCUCUCCAGUAGCUCCUUGUCUUUCUUGUACUGAGGACCCCAGAGCUGGACACAGCACUUGAGAUGUGACCUCUCCAGGGCUGAGUAGAGGAGGAGGAGCACCUCCCUUGCCCUGGCCACACUCUUCCCAAUGCACCACAGGACACCAGUGCCCCUCCUGGCUACCAGAGCACUGCUGGCUCAUAGUCAGCUUGCCACCCACCCAGACACCAGGCCCUUUUCUACAGAGAUGCUCUCUAAGAGGUCAGCCCCCAGGCUGCACUGUUACUCUAUAAUCAUCCAGUUUCUCAGAAGGAAAAGAGCACUGAGCAAGUGACUGUGAUUAAUACUUUUUAAAAAUUCUUUUCUACAUGUAGAAUUAAAUUUGGUUUUGUCUUCAUGUGCUAUAUUUUUAGUUUAUAGUGAGAAAGAAGCUUCAAACUCUUAUUCAGCUAGUUAAAAUAGGUUCUCCCCUUCUUCCUUCCUUGCAAAAUGAAUGUAACAAAUAACUUCUUGGGAUUCCAGUC